AUGAGACUGUCGAGCAAUGGCACUGGUAAGGAUACGAACCAUCUGAAAGGACUAGCUUCCUAUGUCCACCACCUUGAACUCACGAGGUGGCGGGCCUGGGAUCGUGAUAGCGAUGAGUUCGACAGCGGUACAAAUACCACGUGGGUCUACGAUGACAAUCGAAAGUACUCCGCAACGCAGAACAGCCGUGAUAAGAAGCUCUUUCAAAAGGCAUUCCGAGAUCUCACGUUGACGGACAAGAAAACUUGGCGAGAAUCUGUCCGCAAAGACGUAGACGAAGUUUACGUAUCGCUCCUCAUCCUCCUGACCCCGAAUCUAAAGUCUCUGAUGGUUCACGCCCCGACAAAUCCAAUCUUUCUGGACAAAGCACUUGACCAUGCAACCUUCGUGCAAUCCCCAAACUCAUCAACACCAAGCCUCCAACGCAUCGAAGACGUGUCAUAUUUCUGCCGUGGGAAUGUCAGUUUCAUAUCCAUCUCCCAUCUCCACGCUCUUUUCCGCCUACCAGCAGUUCGGAAACUUUCCAUUGGAUGGGUGACAUCUGACUCCCCUUUCCCACCCCUCGCACCUCUUCACUCCCUCCGAAACCUGCACUUCCAUGAGGCAGAUCUGAACACGGCUAUCUUCGACUCCAUAUUCCGCGCUUGCCCGAAUCUCGAGAGCUUCGCCUACCAGCACCAUCCCUUCUCCAGGCAUCGGCUCACUGUUAUUUCAAACCACUUCCAUCUCCCACAACUCGGCGCUGCUUUAACGCACGUAUCGUCCUCGCUGCAUGAGCUCGAAGUGAGCUCGUGCGACGAGCCCUCCACAUUCGGGACUCUAGGCUCGCUGAAAAAUUUUACAUGUUUAAGACGGCUGAAAAUGAGAUUGCAUCAUCUUGUUGCCGACGUCUCUGCGUCUGCGGUGGAGAGCAAGCCAAGACUGAUCGACAUCCUGCCGUCUUCUCUUGAAGAACUCGACACGGAACUUGUGGGACUAAAAAUUCCGAGGUGGAAGGAAAUGCUAGGUCAGGUUCGCGAGCUCGUUGAUGCAAAGCAACGGGGAGAGAUGUCGAGACUUUGGAAGCUCGGAAAUUGGAGCUCGUUCACGGCGGAGCAGAUGGGCGUGCAACGAUGUGCGGCGCUAGAGACUUUGAUGGAUUCGUGUCGUACUUGGGGCAUCAUCUUUCAGGUUUGGGGGAGGAUGGGGGACGAAUGGUGCUACCGGGAUUUCAGAGAGAUGAUGUGA